AUGGCGCUUAUAUGUCACGUCUUUGUGCCUAUCAUGGGCAUCAUCAGUCUUUCAGCUAUGGUUUACCCACAUCGGGUGUUGCUUAAUCCCAUUGGUAGAUUCCAAGUAACCCUCAAAGAGUUCCCCCUCAUCGAACCGUCCAAAGAAGUCGAGAACAGUGAAAGGUACGACUGGAAAGGUGGCAUUCUGGGGUUCUUGGACGUUAGCCCUGGAGAAGAUUCUGCAUCGAGUUCUUGGCCAGAAGUAAGCAGCUCAUUCCGUCCGUUACAAGAUGAUUCUUCAUAUUUUCAGGAUUCCAUUUUUUACGAGCAACUGCCUUCGUUACUACCCAAAUACCCCUUUCCAUCCAUUCCCAUAGAGAGGAGAAGUGAAGCGGGCGCGGUCAAUAGCGGUCGGAUGUACCAAUUGAAGAUGUGUACCGGUGACUAUCUUCGCAUCGGGAAUGACGGCGUCGUCUCAAGCGUUAGCAGUAGAUUUGAUCUCAAUACAUAUCUGUAUUUUUACCAGUGCCUUGGUCCUUCAGCUUUUCGAAUAAAAGGGGUGAGAAGUCAACGAUUCCUUGCAAUGAAUGACGCAGCAAUGCUUAUAGGAGUGUCGGAAGACGAGCGCGAUUCGGAUUGCAGCGAUUGGAAGUCUGUGUGGUUCGAACGCCUCGCUUCCUUUCAGCUCCCCCCUCUUAAUGACAUCACACUCCUGACGUAUCACGUCACCUCGCCGGCGAGUGGACGACCGUGGUAUAUCGGCUUUACGAGGAACAGUCGCCCCAUUGCCUGGAACCGACAGAGUCGCGCCACAAGGCAACAAAUCUGUUUUAUAAAACAGGCUCGAUAA